AUGUGGCAUUUCAAAGGCAUGAGCACCGCAGCCAGAGGAUCGAUUGGGAUUCGAAGCAUAAAACUCUUCACCACAGUAUUGCUAGGUUUACUACAUCCUUUUGAUUCCGAAAUGAAGAAGAUGAACUUCCGGUCCGUGGACAUGGUCAUGACAUACUACGGAGAACUUGGGAUCAGCCAGUCUGCCAGCCAUCGCGAAGUCUUACUUGCCCAUCGAGAGCGAGCUCUCCAGACACACCCCGACAAGGGUGGCUCCCACGAUGCAUUCGUGAAAGUUCAACAAGCCUUUGAGGUCCUCAGUGAUGCCUGGCAGCGCGCAGAGUACGACGCCAUGCUCCGUCUGCUGGCCAAAGGUCCAGGCAAGAUGCACCGCGCGCGUACUCCGAAGCCUCCGAAGCUGCCAACACCGAAGCAGAGGAAGCAGCAGGCCAAGGCUGAGAAGAAGAAGGAGAAGUUUGCUGCGCGCGGGAAGCAGCAGCCAGACUUCGAGGCCGAGAAGGCUGCGGCGGCUGCCGCACGGGCAGACGACCGCAAGGCACAAGAGGCCGCACUGGCGGAGAUCUCCAAGAGCGCCAAGGUAAGCACAUCAUCAACGCAAAACAUGAUGGCAGAGUCUAAGAAUGCCGAGGCUAAGAUGCUGGAGGAGAGGACCCAAGCCAUGGCGUGUGAGGCGGCGCUGAGAGAAGGUCUAGCCGCCCAGACUAGCGAGCACAAAGCCCUCGUUGAGAAGACGCAGGAGCAUGAGAAAGCGGUGGCCAAACGUUUUGAAGAGCUGCAAACGGCCAGCGAGGCUGACAAGGCCUCGGCCGCCGCUGCCCGGGCAGAGGACCAGAAUGCGCACGAGGGCCUGCCCGUCCUAUUGGCAUGCAAGAACAUUGCCUACACGCUGCAGGAUGACAAGGUCGCCAAAAAGUUCUUCAACAAAAGCGAGUUUGCCGACUGGUGGGUGGAGCACCAGCCCCAUCGCAGGCAAUGCCAACGCGAAUCUUCGCCCGAGUGA